AAAAAUUUAGUGUUAGAUCAAGGUAAAAAGUUCUAAGCGAUAAGUUUGAGUAUUCUCAUUACCAGUUUGCAGGAUAAUUUAGAGAUAUACUAGGGAGAUUUUAUGUCUUGGUCGCUUUUAGAUUUAAAGGGUAAAUUCAGACUACUUGUAAUCAAACCAGGUAAAACUUCUGGGAAAUGAAUUUAGGUCUGUGUUUGAAAGCUUACUGUCAUAGCUUGCUUGACUGUUUUGUGUUUAUGAUGUUAAACAUCUGAAUUUCAUGUAAUAUUUCCUUACAUUUUUCUGUGUAUUGUGAGCUGUGAUUGCAAUUGAGAGUGUUAUUUUAACUCUUCCACUCCCAGGAGUGACAAAAAGGGCAUUUCUCCUUACAACUUUAAUGCAUUUACAGGCAGAAAGGUUAUAAGAAGUUAGAAGAAUAUCAGUUUGAGGAUGUUCGUGGAGUCAAUUCCAAAUUCCCAGACCUAAAAUGAUAAGAAAUGCAUGUUAGAUAAGGCAGAGAGUUGAUAAAUACAUGUAGCGUGGGAACUGAAAUAUUUGAGACACAAUUUUUAAAUUUCAUUACAGAUAUUGUAACAGAAUGCAAGAGGAGAACAUUAACAGAGCAAUAAUAGUUGUACAGAUGGGAAUGACACCUUCAGCCAAACAGGCUUUAGUCGACCUGGCACCAAAAUACAUCUUGGAGCAAUUUAUGGAGGCAGAGCUCAUGGUGAACAUUACAGAACACGAGCUUGUUCCAGAACAUGUCCUCAUGACGCCAGAGGAAAAGACAGAGCUGCUUCAGAGAUACAAACUGAAGGAACAUCAACUUCCUCGUAUCCAGUCAGGCGAUCCAGUUGCGCGAUAUUUUGGACUCAAAAGAGGACAGGUUGUAAAGAUUAUUCGCCCUAGUGAAACCGCGGGUCGAUACAUAACCUACCGACUCGUCGUGUAAUGUAAAUUAAGAGUCUACAAAAUCACCCUCAAGUUUCCCUCCUUACCAGACACAGCCAAGGAUUGGUAUGGGCAAAGCCUCAUGUACUUUUAGUUCAAUUUGUUCGUUUUAUUUGUUCGGUCAAGUAACAAGUGCUCGCAGUCGACAUUUGUUCGUUAGAGAACCGACGACAGUCCGAUUCCUAUUUUCCAAUUAGAAAUUACGCGAUCUCUCCCGAAGUUGAGCCGACAAUAUGUCGUCAUAACGUUACGUGAAGUCGUGUAUUCCGAAGAACAUCGAGUCAUUCUUCUCGCUGCCUCGGUGCUCGUUUCGUUGGUUCUGCUCGGUGUUGGUGAAGUUGAAACGGAGCUCGUGUAAGUCUAAAGUUUUCCUAUUACUGGAUGGAGUUAUGUGAAGACCUUAAAGAAAUUUCUCAAUGAAAGUUGCUUAAAAUUGUUAUGGUCAUCAAGUUCCAUGGAGAUGAAGAAGAGUGAAGGAUGCUGAGUGAAGCCGAGAGAAGGCGAGUGACGCCAAGUAAAGUCGAAAUAAGCCGAAUGAAACCGAAUGAAGCUGAGUGAAAUUCAGAGCAAGAAAGGACGCAUUCAAACUGACCGCUAGGCUUGCGGUUUGCCUUUGAAAGGUUUUAUCCUUUAAUGUGAGGCUACCUCGCCGAGAAUUUUUUAAAAAAAUCAUUAGAAGUUGGGAUUGUAAUUUAUACAGCAAGAGGCGGAAUGUUAGCGUUUUUGUUUUAAAAAUAAAAGUCAAUAAUUUGAAGGCAAA